AUGAGAGUGUGGCCCCUGGUGGGUGCCAGGAACACAUGCUGUGGGACCGCAGAGAAGGAAGUGGCCAGGAUGGGCCAGGCCAGGAGCCUCUGUGGGUGGGCACCCAGGACACUGCCCUUUGGCUUCCAGGGUGACCAGCAGGAUGAGGAGGAAGAGACCCAGAUGAAGAAGUCCGAGUCAGAGGUGGAAGAGGCAGCAGCCAUCAUAGCCCAGCGGCCUGACAACCCGCGGGAGUUCUUCAAGCAGCAGGAGCGAGUCGCCUCGGCAUCCACGGGCAGCUGUGAUGCGCCCUCGCCCUUCAACCACCGACCAGGUCGUCCGUACUGCCCUUUCAUAAAGGCAUCGGACAGUGGGCCUUCCUCCUCCUCCUCUUCCUCCUCCUCCCCUCCACGGACUCCCUUUCCCUAUAUCACCUGUCACCGCACCCCAAACCUCUCUUCCUCCCUCCCAUGCAGCCACCUGGACAGCCACCGGAGGAUGGCGCCCACUCCCAUCCCCACCCGGAGCCCAUCUGACUCCAGCACCGCCUCCACCCCUGUCGCAGAGCAGGUCGAGCGGGCCUUGGGUGAGGUCACGUCCUCGCAGCCUCCGCCACUGCCGCCACCGCCACCACCAGCCCAAGAGAGCCAGGAGCCCAACCCCAUCCCGGACAGCGAGGAAACCUGGGCCGGCCCUGCAGAAGAGCCCUCUCAGGCCCAGGGCCCUCCCCGGGGGCAAGGCAGCCCUGUGGAGGACUUGAUGUGCACAGAGUCUCUGGAGCAGGCUAUCCCGGCUGCCCCCGUGGCGCCUGCCACGGCUGACGCCAUCGCGACUGUGGCCUCGGUGGCUGACGCCAGUGAAGCUGGCACCAUUGAAACCGCCUCUGCCGCUGACAGCACUGUGGCCCGCAGCGCGCCCGCCAUCACGGCCAGCCUUGUCGACUUGUGGCCUGGCAGCGGGGAAGGGGCCUCCGCGCUCCAGGCCGAGCCCCGCGCUCCCACGCCACCUUCGGGCACCGAGGUCGCCCUGGCGGAGGUGCCCCUGCUGGACGAGGGGGUGCAGGAGCCGCUGCCGCCAGCGGGCGAAGGCUGUGCCAGCCUUCUCAAUUUUGACGAGCUGCCCGAGCCGCCGGCCACCUUCUGUGACCCAGAGGAGGAAGCGGAGGGCGGGCCCCUGGCCGUCCCCCAGACCCCAACUCUGCCCUCGGCUCUGGAGCAGCUGGAGCAGGAGCCGGAGCCCCACCUGCUGACCAACGGAGAAACCGCCCAGAAGGAGGGGACCCAGGCCAGUGAGGGCUACUUCAGUCAGUCACAGGAGGAGGAGUUUGCCCAAUCGGAAGAGCCGUGUGCAAAGGCUCCGCCUCCUGUGUUCUACCACAAGCCUCCAGGUAGCGGGGGUGAAGGCUGGGGAGCACGCGGGGCCGCCCCCCGCGCCGGCCCUGUCCAGACGGCCCGCCGCGCCUGCAUUCGCAGCAGCUCCGCCUGGCACCCACUCCGGAUUCCGGCCCUGGCCCGGGGCCUGGCCGCUUCCCUGCCCACCGGGCCUGACUUUUACAGCUUUUCUCUCUUUUUUUUAAAGUUGGUAGGAGACUUGUACAGUUGA